AGCAUUUAAUCAUGAGCACUCCAAUGAAUAGGAGAUAGGAGGGGAGGGCUAGGAAGGAGCAGGAGGAGGGUGGGAAGGCAGAUUUCAUCCUCUCGACACUAAACCGAGGGGACUUGGAGCACAGAUGCCAUCCUCCAGUCCUUCCAGACAAGCUGCAAGAUGCUGACCAUGGCCAAGAUGGAGCUCCCAAAGGGCUGCUCUGGCCAACGGACACUCCUAUCUGCCCUCCUCAGCCUGCUAUCACUCAGCCUCUCCACAGUAUCCCUGCUCAGCAACUCCUGGUUUGUGGGCACACAGAAGGUGCCCAAGCCCCUGUGCAAGAAAAGUCUGGCAGCCAAGUGCUUUGACAUGCCGAUGUCCUUGGAUGGGGACCUCACCAAUGCAUCAACCCAGGAGGUGGUGCACUACAACUGGGAGGCCGGAGAUGACCGUUUCUCCUUCCUUACCUUCCGAAGUGGCAUGUGGCUAUCCUGUGAGGAAACCGUGGAAGAACCAGGGGAGAGGUGUCGAAGCUUCAUUGAACUCACACCACCCACCGAGAGAGGUGAGAAAGGACUACUGGAAUUUGCCACGGUGCAAGGCCUAUGUCACCCCGCUCUCCGAUCUGGAGGGAAGCGGUUGAUGGAGAAGGCUCUCCUCUCCCACCCUCCCUUGGGGCUUGUGGCAAAAAUACUGUGGCUGUCACUGGGAGCCCAGAUCACCUACAUCGGACUUCAAUUCGUAAGUUUCCUCCUGCUAUUGACCGACCUCCUGCUCUCGGGGAACCCGGGCCGUGGACUCAAGCUAAGCGCCUUUGCUGCCGUGUCCUCUGUCCUGUCGGGUAUUCUGGGGAUGGUGGCCCAUAUGAUGUACUCACAAGUCUUCCAGGCAACUGUCAACUUGGGUCCAGAAGACUGGAGACCACAUGCUUGGAACUAUGGCUGGGCCUUCUACACGGCCUGGGUUUCCUUUACCUGCUGCAUGGCAUCGGCUGUCACCACCUUCAACACGUACACCAGGCUGGUGCUGGAGUUCAAGUGCAAGCACAGUAAGAGCUUCAGAGGAAACCCGACCUGCCUGCCACAUCACCACCAGUGUUUCCUCCAGCAGCUGUCGUGUGCCGCACGCCCGGCAGGUCCUUCGACCAGCUACCACCGGUACCACAAUCAGCCCGUCCGCUCCGUCUCUGAAGGAGUUGACUUCUACUCAGAGCUACAGAACAAGGGAUUCCGACGAGGCCCUGGCCAGGAGCUGGAAGAAGUGGUUAGGUCAUCAUCUGUGGAGGAGGAGCAGUGUUAGGAAUUAAGUGGGUUUAGAGAGCAGGCUGAGCCCUACCUUACUUGUCUGUUAUCAACAACACGUGCUUAAGCCAAA